CCCUUUCAUUUAGGCGCCCUUACUUAAAUCUCUCAAAGAAUAUAUCAACGUGAGAGGCUCAACUCAACUAUGGAAACUAAUCAGAUAGCACCCCCACAAUCUCUCUCUCCUUGACUACCAACUCCCUUCUCCAUGGCAGAUCACCGGCCUUCUCUGCCAGCACCACCACCAAAAGGCUACAAAUUAACAGCCUCUUCAAUCUCCUACGCCAAAAGCACCACCAUGAGUAUUUCCACAUUCUUGCAGCUUCUCAAAUGGUGCACCGCAACAUCGCCUCCUUCUUACAUCCUCAAGAACGUUUCCCUCACUGCCUAUCCCUCCCAGAUCCUCGCCAUCGUGGGCCCAAGUGGCGCCGGCAAGUCCACCCUACUUGACAUCCUGGCCGCCCGCACUUCAGCCACCUCCGGCAGCCUUCUCCUCAACUCCUCCCCCUUCAAUCCUUCCUCCUUUCGCAAGCUCUCUUCUUACGUCCCACAACACGACGCCUGCCUCCCCCUCCUUACCGUGGAUGAGACCUUCGCCUUCGCAGCCCGCCUCCUCCAGCCCAAGCCCUUCGACACCUCCUCUCUUCUCGCCGAGCUUGGCCUCAGUCACUUAGCUCACACCAGGCUCGCCGAUGGGCUUUCCGGUGGGGAGCGAAGACGGGUCUCCAUCGGCCUCAGCCUCCUCCACGACCCUGUCGUGCUGCUUUUGGAUGAGCCCACCUCCGGCCUUGACAGCACUGGUGCUUUCAACGUCAUGCAGAUUCUGAAAUCAAUCUGCGUUUCUCGUCACCGAACCAUUGUGCUAUCUAUUCACCAACCAAGCUUCAAGAUUUUGUCUGUCAUUGAUAGAAUCUUGCUUCUCUCAAAAGGAUCAGUAGUUCACCAUGGAAGUCUUGCUUCGCUUCAGAGUUUUCUUCAUACAAAUGGCUUCUCUGUCCCUCCUCAGCUCAACGCCUUAGAAUAUUCCAUGGAAAUAUUGAGCCAACUAGAUGAGCUUGAACCCAUGAACGACACUACUGAUGAAGAUCACAGUCGCGCAAGUUCUCCAUCUCAAAAUUUAACCACCACUUUACCUUCAAGAAAGAUGAUCCGAUAUAGGAGCUCAAGAGUCCAUGAAAUCUGCGCUCUGUAUGGCAGAUUUUGGAAGAUCAUUUACAGAACAAAGCAGUUACUUCUGACCAACACAAUAGAAGCACUUCUCGUAGGCCUUGUCCUUGGAACCAUUUACAUCGACAUAGGCUUCGACAAGGAGGGCAUCGAGAAAAGGUUCGGUCUUUUUGCUUUCACUCUCACUUUCCUUCUUUCUUCCACCACCGAAACGCUUCCGAUCUUCAUCGGAGAGAGACCGAUCUUACUUAGAGAAACAUCAAGUGGGGUUUAUAGGCUAUCAUCUUACAUCAUUGCCAACACACUCGUUUUCUUGCCAUACUUACUCGCAGUUGCUAUCAUCUACUCUAUUCCAGUCUACUUCUUAGUGGGUUUGUGUGCUUCUUGGCUUUCCUUUGCUUACUUUGUUUUAGUCAUUUGGCUCAUAGUUCUAAUGGCUAAUUCAUUCGUCCUCUUCUUAAGCUCUAUUGCGCCUAACUACAUUGCUGGCACUUCGCUUAUGACUGUGCUUCUUGCUGCGUUUUUUCUGUUUUCCGGUUAUUUCAUCUCCAAGGACAGCUUGCCCAAAUACUGGUUGUUCAUGCAUUUCUUUUCUAUGUACAAGUACGCUCUUGAUGCUCUUCUCAUCAACGAAUACUCUUGUUUGGUUACGAGGUGUUUCAUAUGGUACGAACAAAAUGAUGGAGAGUGUAUGGUUACAGGAAGCGAUGUGAUGAACAAGAGAGGACUCAGCGAGGCAGAGAGAUGGACUAACGUGUAUGCAUUGCUUGGUUUCUUUGUGUUGUAUCGGGUGCUUUGUUUGUUUGUUUUGAUCAGAAGGGUUUCCAGAUCCAAAAGUUAGAAAUUAUGUAUAGCAUGACAUUAUGUGUUUAUUUAUCUAAUUUUUUAAUCAAGUUGUUUCAAUUCAGUAACAGCUUCUUCUGUUU